UGGCGACACUCGGCCAGUACUCGACCGGUCGCCACCAGAAGCGGGUGUUGUGCCAUUCUAUUCUGAUCGUUGCUCUGAUUAGCCGGUUUUCCAUCCGACUAGUGGAACUGCUCAAGUGCGUACUUCUGAAUCGUUCCGGGAGACAUUUCGAAAAGUUGUUGAAAGAUAACACUGUUUUCGUUUACAGUCAGUGAACAUUUGCUGCCGGCUGCCGGUGCUCUCGGGUUCGGUUGACGACGGUUGGAUUUUCACGUGGGAAAUUGUGUUAUCUAAAAAAAAACCGAAACUCGAACCACGAGUUCAGAGUAAAUAGAAGGAAGUGAAGUGUUCUGAUACUGAAUUGUGCGUAGAAAAGAUCACCACAACUGACGAUCACUCGAGCGCGGAAGAGCGGCGGAUCAGUGUUUCCAUGGCGAUAAAUCAGAGGGCAGUGUGCGGAAGUUGAUGCUGUGACACCCGCCAUUGAUUGCAGUGUUUGUGUUUGUUUUUCUGUUGCUGCUGCUGCCAAGCUAUAGUCGAAAACAGAUGAUUUUACUGGACUCCACUGCAAACGCCGCCUUUACAUUGUUGCAAUCGUUCGCUAAUUUCGGCAAGCUCAAGAUCUCAACGGCUGAACAUUCUCCAAAAUAAUAACGAAACGUAACUCGUAGUCCCCGUAGAAGCCCCCGCGCUCAAAAACCAUGAUGCAUUUCAAAGAGGCCUGCAAUCGAAGGUGCAUGCUGACUUCCGGCGGCGUCAUCCUGGUGAUGUUUGGCAUCUUUUUCGCUUUCUGUUUCCACGCCGUUUUCCUGGAUGUUCUUUAUGAGGAACUCAAACUCCGUCCAAUGUCCCGGGGGUACGAUGCCUGGGUCAGCCCUCCGUUUCCACUGUCGAUGGAUGUGUACUUCUUCAACUGGACCAAUCCGGAAGAUCUGAAGAACCAGAGCACCAAACCGAUUCUGGAAGAACUGGGCCCGUACCGGUUUACCGAGCGGCCCGAGAAGGUGGACAUCGUCUGGCACGAUCACAACGACACCGUCAGCUACCGGAAGAAGAGUGUGUACUUUUUCGACGAGGAAGGCAGCAACGGAUCGCUGGAUGAUGUGAUCAGCAGCAUCAAUGUGGUUGCUUUGUCGGCAGCAAAUCGGGCCCGGACCUGGAACUACGUCAAGCAGAAGGGCGUUUCGAUGGGUUUGAACCUGUACAACCAGGAUGUGUUCGUAGUGAAAACCGCUGGCGAACUGCUGUUCGAUGGCUACGAAGACAACAUGGUUCUGAUGGGGAAACAACUGUUCGACGCCAGCGAGGUGCCGUUCGAUCGAGUAGGCUGGUUUUACACGCGCAAUAACUCAGCUGAUCUGAUUGGCCACUAUAACGUACAUACGGGAGUGGAUGACAUCGCAAAAAUUGGAUCCAUGGCCGAAUGGAACUACAAACCACGAACGGACUUCUUCGCGGAUCAUUGUGGAAUGCUGAAUGGUUCCGCUGGAGAGUUCUAUCCACCGAAUUUGAGCAAAGAUGUUCCGAUCCAGCUGUUCACGCCCGACAUGUGCCGUAGUUUGGCACUGGACUUCGAACGAGAGGAACAGAUCGGUGGCAUCACGGGGUACAAGUAUUCCGGCGGUCCACGAACAGUGGACAACGGAUCGACCUUCCCGGAAACAGCUUGCUUCAGUGCCGGUGAAGUUGUGCCUUCCGGUGUGCUAAACAUUUCCUCCUGUCGCUACGGAACACCGGUGUUCAUGUCGUUCCCACAUUUCUACGGAGCCGAUCCGUACUACCUGGACCAGGUCGAGGGGCUGUAUCCGGAUCAGAACAAACAUCAGUUCUAUAUGACACUGGAACCGACCACUGGAAUUCCACUGGACGUAGCGGCCCGUCUGCAGUUGAAUAUUCUUGUGGAGUCACAUCCAAAUAUUGCCCUCUACGAGGACGUCGAACGGGUCUUUCUACCGGUGCUGUGGUUCGAGCAGCACGUCACGAUGCAACCGGAGUUUUCCGACGAGAUCGCUCAGGCCCUCAGCAUUCCGACGACGGGCCGCAUCUGCGGAAUUGUGAUGCUUGUCCUCGGAGCCAUAAUGGUAGCGUGGGUUCCGAUCGAACGGUUGGUGUUCCAUCCGAAACGUCGGCGUGAUGCGGUCAAGGAUGCCGGUACGGAAAAAGUAUUGCUACAGCAGAAUCUAGCCAAGACGACAAUUUUACUGCCGAUGGAGAAGGAAAAGGAAUCGUCGGUCGAGAAGAAAGCUUACCAACCUGCCGAAGCGCAUCCACUGAUCGAAGCCAAUCCGGUUCGAUUGAUUAGCGAAAAUGGAGUCACAAAAACGUGAGCCAACUGGCUACCUGUGCGGUUGCAGCAAACGGACAUCCUACCAAAAAAAAAGACUUUCUUCCACUACCGAUAAGUUCGGUAGAAUAAGCAAAUCAGUUCUCUAAUGUUACUGCUAGGAGCAUAGCUUGUAGGUGCCUUAUUGUAUUGCCAAUGUUGACGGGCAAAACUGACGACCAUCGACUGUUGGCGUGUUCGAUCCGAGCCAAAAUAUAAAGAAGAAAAAACAACACACUAUUAAACCUCCGUGGACGCUAUGACCAUGGGCGGCCAUGAAGGGAUUCCUCAUUUAGGUUUAAUGAAAACUUCGGUUACCUUGAAUUUAUAAGAGCCAUUGAAACAAAGAGAGUACCAAACCAGCAAAAUGUAUAGUUAAUCCAUGUAAUUAGACUUACUAUUCCAUUGUAAUAUUAAAUGGUGAUGCAUGUUUUUUAAAAAAAAAUGUUUUCUUGUUUGUAAAGCAUAACUGUGGUAAGUUCGAAUCCGAGUAUACCAACAAGCAUUGAACUAUCCAAAUCAUCCAAUCGGUUAGUCGUGUAAUUUGAGGAGAAAAUCAGUAGGUUUCCCCAUUUUAAAAUCUGUUCUAGUUUUUAAUACUUUUUAGAGUUUAUUUGAAGUAAUAAUAAAAGUAAUAACGAUACCAAAA